CCUGGCUCGGCGACGCCGCCCACGACAGCGACCACGCCGUGGCCACGCUGCAGCACCUCGGCCGCCAGCUGCGCAUCACGCGCAGCGGCCGCGUCAUCGCCGCGCCCGCCGCCGCCGAGCCCCGGCUGUGGCGCAACGACUACCCGCCGCCCCUCGACGCCCGCGCCUGGCGCGCCGUCAUGGCCCUGGCCGAGCGCCCCUGGUUCUACCGCAUCUGGACCUGGCAGGAGAUCAAGCUCGGUACCGCCGGCGCCGGCCGCGACGCGGUGCUGCAGUGCGGCGGUGCCAGCGUGGCGUGGCACGACUUCUGGCUCGCCGUGUUGUGCCUCAACAACAAGAACGCCGCGCUGCUGACAUCGCUACCCGCCGAGCUGCCGCCGGUCGAGCUGCUGCGGUUCCGCGAGCGGUGCCGCCACAUCGUGUUCCUACAGCACGGCGGCGAGACGCAGUCGCUGGCCAACCUGCUCGACGUGGCGCGCAGCAAGGGCUGCGCCGACCCGCGCGACAAGAUUUUCGGCCUGCUCGGCAUCACGCCGCCCUACUUCCGCGCCGGCACCGCCGUUGUUGUCGACUAUCGCCGUCCUGCGCCCGACGUUUACCGCGACGCCUUUCUCGCGCACUCGCGCGCCACCCUCCGUCUCGACCUGCUCAAGCACUGCGACCUCGCCGCCCAUGAUGUGGAGUCGUCCGACGCGCCGUCACCCUCGUGGGUCCCUGACUGGUCGCGCACCGAGUUCGCGGCCCCCGUGCUGAGCGAGCAGCUGGCCACGGGCAUAUCGCGCGCGUGGUUCACGCACCGCGGGGACGUGCUCGAGGUGCUGGGCGUGCGCCACGCCACCGUCGCCGCCGUGAGCAGCCGCGCGGCCGCCAAGGUCGAGGACAAGACGCUGUGCGUGGUCAGGGAGUGGCGCGAGCAGUUCUGCUCUCCUGCUUCGGGCACGUACCCCCUGACGGGUGAGACCCUCGACCAGGCGUUUGUGCUCGCGCUGUGCAUGGACCGCACGCGCGAGCGCAACCCGGGGAACCACAACCUCGACGAGGCCCAGUGGGUCGCCAUGCUGAGGCGCAUCGUGCGAUUAGGGGAGGGCGAGGACGCGGCGGCGCUCUACGCCGAGCGCGAGAUUGCCAACACGAUCCAGAAGGUCCGCGGCCGACGAUUCUUCAGGACGGCCGACGGGCUCUUUGGGACUGCGCCCGCGGGCGUGCAGGUCGGUAUGUAGCCUUCGUCUGCCUUUUCUAUUCUAGCCCAGACCAUGAACGGCAUGAACUGAUUUCAUUGAUUCCAAAAUUCCAGGUGACACCGUCGCCCUAGUCCUCGGCACGUACGCGCCGCUGAUCCUCCGCGCCGUCCCAUCCACAACACCAAACACCCCCGACCACUCCUACUGCCAAGUCGUCGGCGAGAGCUUCGUGCACGGCCUGUCCGACGCCGCCGGGCUGCUGGGGCCCGUGC